AGCGAAAUUCGCGAUGAAAGCGCGUCAGUGGAGAUGGAAGGUGGAUAGGAUGGUAACUUCUUUGGAGACGCGUCAAGGUUUAGGUACGUACAACAUGCACGGAUACAGAGUUAGCUCCCCCUAUAGCCAUGCGGGGCACCACCCCCACCCAUCUCUCGACUGCACAAGCUUUUGCAUCUAUUUCCGGCCUCAUCAACAUCUGGUGUACUCGUGUGAUGCAUAUUGAUAGCCUUUAAUACCUGUUCUCUGCUGCUAUUAGAGUUUACUCCCAUUCACUGCUCCAGCAUCGCUCUUGGCAUCUGUUGACGCUCGUGCAGUGAAGCGAUCUAGCAUUUCCUCGCUUUGUCUAAGCGUCAUUAUCGGUGUUCCUGGUUCUUCUCCUUCCUUUCUUUUUCUCCAAUCUGUCCUUUGUUAGCCCGCGGCCCAUCAACCCUGAGCAUCUACGCCUCUAGUCUAGUGAAGAGAAGGAAAGCAUGCAGGACAGGAUGUCAACCAAGACACUCGAGAAGAUAACCAACGUCCGUCUACCAAACAAGCCGCCGUCGACACUCUGGGAUAUCGCCAUCAAAGAUGGGAAAAUAGCCUCAGUAGACAACCAUAGUGACUGCCAGGAUGGCCACGAGGACACACUGGAUGGAGGCAACCGUCUCAUAGCGCCGUCGCUCUGCCACGCUCACAUCCAUCUCGACAAAUGCUUUCUCCUUCAAGAUCCUAAAUUCAGCGACCUGCAGAUUGAGAGCGGCGAUUUCAAGGAGGCUAUGGAGAUGACAGGCGAGGCAAAGUCAAGGUUUGAGGAGGAUGACCUCCUAAGAAGGGGCACACGCCUCAUUGAAGAGAGCAUCCAACAUGGUGUAACCGUUAUGCGAGCCUUUGUGGAAGUGGACGGGGUGGUAAAGAUGAAGUGCUUGGAUGCGGGUCUCAAAUUGAGAGAGAUCUUCAAGGAUCGGUGUGAGGUGCAGAUAUGCGCGUUCGCCCAGCUCCCGCUCUUUUCUGGCCAGGACGGGGGCGAGGAGGUAAGAAAGCUAAUGACCAACUCUGCCUCGUUGGGGCAAGUAGAUGUGCUUGGAAGCACGCCAUAUGUUGAAGAUGACGAGGAAAAGUCUCUAGACAAUGUUAAAUGGAUCACGCAGUUAGCUCUAAAGCACCAAAAGCAUCUCGAUCUCCAUCUUGACUACUUUCUGGAAGAAGACAAAAAGCCUCUGGUCUGGGAUGCCUUGAACACCAUCAAAGAGCUAGAAUGGAGCAAGAAAGCGGGGAGCAAACAGAUCACGUUAGGCCAUUGCACAAGAUUGACAAGGUUUCGAAAUGACGAGUGGACGCAUCUGAGACAAGAAGUAGGCGAUCUGCCGAUUUCUUUCGUGGGUCUACCGACUUCCGAUCUUUUCAUGAUGCGGACGCCAGAGAACGUGCGUGGAACCUUGCCAGUCGUCGAACUCAUCAACGAGUACGGAUUCAAUGCUGCGAUUGCUGUCAACAACGUGGGCAACGCCUUCACGCCGUACGGGAAUUGCGAUCCUCUGACUAUCGCAUCUCUGGGUGUCGGGUUGUACCAGGCUGGAACAAAGAAAGAUGCCGAACUCCUAUAUGAAACCGUAUCGGCUCGGGCAAAAGCCGCUAUAGGCUGUGAUUCCACGUCUCUUGCCCUAGAGCCUGGUCAGCCUGCCGACUUUGUAUUGUUCGACCGAAUGGACGGCGGUUGGCAUUGCAGGAAAAGCGUGGUAGAGGUGGUUUAUGAUGCCGGCCAUUCCCGCCAAACGGUCUUUAGAGGCCGCUUGAUCGCUUCGAAGGAUACACGAACUUAGCGGAGCUUCAACGACCAUUCAAUGAUUCAGUACGAGCCACUGCAGGUGGCGCUAGAGGUCAGAAUACCAUGACAUAACCGGAUACCCCAAUACAGGCGAUUGUCACUCGACAGGAACGUUUUGG